CAUUUAUCUGACAAGCUGUGCGUUAUUAUAACGUUUGUUUCAUCUGCCAUGAAGGGCCACAGUCGAGGCUGCCUUGAAGACAGGACGCAGGGUGUAAUUGUUCACCGAGGGCAUGUUUUCAUCAAACAAACGUGGAGAGCAGAAGCAGAAUCCAAAACAAGAUUCAUUUAGGUUUUUAAAGGUAACACUCUCCCAUGUGGUCUAACGUGGUGAAGGAAUUAAGGACGCUUUGUCAAUAUGGAUAGUUUUUGGUGCGGCGCUUGAGAGUUGGUGACCACUCACGAUGACUUCUGUGCGGUUGAUCAACGUCUGGCCCACCUUCCUCCUGCGGGCCUGCUCACACUCCUCAGCCGCCCGCAGACUUCUGCUUCCCUGUGCGCAGGCAGCUGCGAACAGGCAUCUUCAUAGCUGCUCUGAUGGCAGCUUCCAGCCACAUCGGACCUUCACACUGUCUACCUGCACCUUCAGGAGCUCAGGUGACUUCACUGAUGAUGAGUAUGAGGAAGAGGAGGAAGAUUACAUUGACGACAGCGAGGUGGAGGAGCUCUUUAGACAGCAGGUGGCCACACCCAGCUUAGAUGGGCAACACAGCAUCUUCAUUGUCCACCCCGACGUAAAGUGGGGGAGCAGAAAGCAACACCUGACCACUGCCACGCUGAUGAUGGCGGAGGCUGAGGGACUGGUCAACACUCUGGACAACUGGAGGGUGGUGGACAAGGUCAUCCUCUCGACAAAGACUCCUGAAAAGAAAAGGAUCUUUGGAAAAGGAAAUUUCCAGUCCCUGUCAGAGAAAAUUCGGCAGACAGCGGGAGUGACCGCUGUGUUUGUGAAUGUGGAGCGACUCUCUCCAGCAUCAGAGAGGGAGCUGGAGGAAGCCUGGGGGGUGAGCGUGAUGGACAGGUACUCGGUGGUCCUCCACAUCUUCCGCUGCAAUGCUCGCACUAAAGAGGCCAAACUGCAGAUUUCGCUGGCCGAGAUUCCUCUGUUGAGGUCUCGUCUGAAAAAUGAUUUGGCCAACUUGGAUCAGCAGGGUGGCGGGUCCCGGUACAUUGGCGGGUCAGGGGAGACGCUGCUGGAGGUCCAGCAGAGGCUGCUGAAGGAACGAGAGAUGAAGAUCCGUGCAGUCCUGGUGAAACUGAAGAAGAAACGGCACCUGCUGCGAGCUCAGCGGAAGCACAAGGAGUUUCCCAUCGUCUCUGUGUUGGGGUACACAAAUUGUGGGAAGACCACUCUGAUCAAAGCUCUGACCGGUGACAGUGUUCUUCAGCCAAGGAACCAGCUCUUUGCCACCCUGGACGUCACUGUCCAUGCUGGCCGUCUGCCCAGCCGCAUGGCCAUCCUGUACGUCGACACCAUCGGCUUCCUGUCCCAGCUGCCCCAUCAGCUCAUUGACUCCUUCUCUGCCACGCUGGAGGACAUCAAGCACUCCGUUUCCUCCACACAGGAUCUGCUGAUCCACGUCCGAGACAUCAGUCACCCAGAGACGAUCAACCAGAAGGUUAAUGUGCUGAAUGUUUUGAAGAACCUGAACAUCCCUGACAGGCUGUUGAACUCCAUGAUUGAGGUCCACAAUAAAAUUGAUCUGGUCGACAACUACCAGCACUCAGAGCCUGAAGCUCUGCCCAUAUCUGCUCUGGCAGAGCGAGGCCUUGACCCUCUGAGGAGAGUCAUUGAGGAGAACAUUGUCAGCUCCACUGGAAAACACAUUCUGGAUCUGAAAGUGAACCUCAGCUCAGCUCAGUUAAGCUGGCUGUACAAGGAGGCCACGGUCCAAGAGGUGAAGGUGAACCCAGAGGAGGGCUCGGCGGUGGUCUGCGUUAUCAUCAGUGCCGCAGCUUAUGGACGCUACAGGAAGCUGUUUGGAUCCAGUUAGUGGCACAAACCCUCAACUAGGACUGAAUGUUACAAGCCAUUUCUUUGAAUAAAAACGUAGUGAGACAGAAAUGGCAUCAGUCAGCAGUUAUGUCCAUUGAAAAGGAGUUUGCUCUUUUUGAUUUUCAAUGGAGUUGGAGUCGAACCUCCAACCUGUUAUCUGCACCUAACAUCUUGUAACACAUGUUUGAUGUUACUCUUUGACUCUUGUGGCGUUUACUGUUGCUGUGCAUUUUGAAAUUUACACCUGAAAUUGCAUCACGUCAAAUGUAAUCACAUCCCGAGUUUGAUUUGUCUAAUCCAGAUGGUGAUAUAUUUCAUCAACAUCAGUUUAUUGAAAAUCUCUCAACACUACAAGUAUACGGCUGGUAACACAGUAGUUUGUGUCACUCAAACUACAACUUCAUGAUCUGGAGCAACAACAGUGCGUGACAGUAAAUCUCCAUGUUGCAGUUGAGUGUCUGAGCAUGGCAAACUAGUGAGUAACUCUUGUAAACAAUCACCUUCACAGUUUCUCGCUGGAGCGAUGUGACAUUGAACUUGUUUGUUCAAAUGCUGGUCUGGAGUCAGUUAAAGCCUUCAUAGUAUCAGCAGAUUUAUUUAUCAAAAUACAUAUAUUUUUAAUUAAAGAAGUAUUCAAAAUACUUUCAAUGUAUUUUUUAAAGAACAUUGAAAGUAUUAAAAAAUACUUGGGAAUGACACAAGUCUGCUGUUUCACUUGUCCAUCCGGUCAUUGUGCUUCUGCAGAAGUUUGUGAUUGAGGUCGAUCACCAGGCGGCUGAGUGGAAGUGGACCCACAAAGUCUCCCGCGAUGAUGUUGAGACUAUGAGGAUCUGAUCCUGGAGUCUGCUGCUCCACCCAGUCCUGCAGACACGGCCACUCGGCGUAAGUCAGCGUCCGCAGAGAUUGUCUCCGGUUCACAGCGAUGUAAUGCCGAUCGGCCGUCAAAUUCAAGCCGGUCACGAACAAGCUCCCUGUAAUGGGACAGACAAAGAGUUUUGGAAACUGCAGCUUUAAAAAAACAAAUAGAAAAAUAUUUUCAAUUACAUUGCUGAACAAGCUGAGCUUUUCAUUGUAAAACUAAUUUAAAUGUAUUUAUUGUAUGAUCACCUGUCUCUACACUGACCUUUUGUUUUAACAAUAAAGAGGAUUAACUUUUCACACAGUAUCAUUAAAAACAAUUAUGAAAUAAAAAUA